AUGCCAUCUUCCUUGAGAGUCGGGGAGGUUCUCGACAUUGGCGGUAGUGGGUUGGGGGACAGUCUGAAGGUAAAGCUCAAGGAAGACUUUAUUUCCAGUGAUGGGAAAUCGUCGCGUUCCUUCCCCACGGAGCUUUUUUACUAUGGAUUGGGACUCCAGCUCUGGAAUCAGGUAUGCUGGCUCGCCGAUUACCACCAAACUCGAGACGAGAUCAGUCUCUUAGAGUGCCACGGUGCUGCUAUCUGCGAGGAGAUACCUCUAGGGUGCACCAUUGUAGAUAUGGGCUCUGGAGACAUCCGGAAGCCUGCUUGCCUUUUGCAGCAGUUGGAGUCGUUAAGGAUCCCCGUUUCGUACUUUGCGCUUGACAUCAGUCGAGAUGCUUUGGAGGAGAGCAUGACGUAUCUGGCCAACAGAUACCAGCACGUUAAAUGCUACGGGCUUUGGGGUACCUUUGAGGAUGGACGCCAAUGGCUUCGAUCGGUGGAUACGCCAAAGAGGCCGCGAGGAACUGGAAAGAAUGUAUCACGAAUAAGAUGGUGUCUGGGAAAGCUGCAUCCGCAAUGGUUUUCAUAUUCCACGAUCUCCUGGAAAAGGCUUGCUCAAACAGAAGAAAGGGGGUUGAUGGGUGUUUCAGUGCGAGACUCCCCUCACAAAUUUUCCCUCCUUGCAACCAAGGAUGUAGAUUGCCCAGAUCUCGGGCUACAUGUCGGCGAAGGCGAAGUAAUUGAGUUUUUCGGAUCCUGGAAAUAUGGACCUGACAUCAUGAAGAUGCAGUUUGAGCAGUCUGGGAUGAUGCUGAAGGGUUGGUGGGCAUCUCCUCUAGGUGAAUUUUACCAGUACCUUAUCUCCUGUGCUUGA